UAUCUUCCUCUCCACAAUUAGGUUUUUGUUUGCGCUAUAUUUGCGUGCUAAAAAUACAUAAUUUCAAGAAGUGUCAUUUCGUCGGUCGGCUUUUGAGUCAACCGUUUGACGCAGCAACUGCCGCAUGAUUCAAUCGAAUGACUCGAGUCAUCGAUCCUUGUAGAGACCGUUCUUGUCGACGAGAAGCAAUGCAAGCAGUGCCUGACAUUCCCAGUAGAGCCUUCCUGGCGUCGACGCGCAGUUCGCAACGGCUCGCGUCCGACGGAAGUGAUCGUUGACGCGGUCGCGUGCAGUAUUUUGCGUCGUUCGACUGCGGAGGCGUGGAGCGCGUGCGAUUUGGAACUGUGGGAUGUUAAUUGCCGCCGCGCGAUGAGAACGUUCGAAUUACCGUCGUGAUUCGCGCCGCGCGAGGUUGACAUGUCGAGGUCGGUGACACGUGCCGUCCAACGAAUGUUGCGCACCGAGUGAGCGGACAAUAACCCAAGAAGAAUGCGAGAGACAAUUCGCAGCGGCUUUCUCGCCGCGGUCGUCCUGUGUUCCUUGAUUGGAACACGCGUCUCGGCCUCGCAUUGUUAUCCAGACUACUGUCAGAAUUUGACUCACCUGAUACCAACACCGGGUUUCCAAUGUAUAUUAACGCCAGUACAAAGAGGGGAAGGUUGCGCAAAGCUAAAAUUUGAGGAUACCGGAAAAUUAUACAAGCGAGAUGGCACCGCAAUUUUCACAUUACACGCGUAUGUGAAAAAUGACUUGAAAGAAUCGGAUGAUUCCCAGAGGGUGACUGCGUUCAACUUAUCGAUUUCGGAUGUCAAUUUUCAUAGGUUAAUCACGCGUUAUCAGAAUAUCAUCAAGAACGACGAGAACGCGUGCAGGCACGUAGAGUUGUUACACGGGAACGCCAGCCAUCCUACGCCCAAAGACUUUUACGUGUCGUGCCCGUUCUCCGACGCUUCGUACGAGGGCUAUCCGUACUGUUUGGAGUAUCUCGCGAUCGGGAAGAAUUUCGUGUACAGCAGAAAAUACGUGUUCCACGUGCCGCAGCACGAACUUAUCGAGGAUAGCGCCCAGGUCCAGACGUUCACGCCCUUCGUGUACAUCGAUGUGUCGGAUCCGUCGAACGCGGUGUUGUACAUACAACCGCUCCCGCCGACGUACAACGUGACGGAGUACAAGGCGUGGCUGAUUCACAACGACACGAAGUCAACGAUCGCUACCGCGAUCAUCCCCGCGAACCGAGACCGCGGGCACGCGCGGCACAACUUCUCGGCGCCGGACGGCGUCUACUACGUCAAUGUCGCGGCCUUGCAUCCCGACUGCGGCGAGCACGGAUGCGCGAACAGCACGUCGCCCUACAUAGACAUGAAACACGCGUCUCAUCAACUGUUAAUUAUGAUAAUCAGCUUAAUAUGGAUACCACCUGUACUACUGUACGCGCUGUACCACGUGUUUAAGCUCUAUAGAAAGAGGGUCUUAAAGAGAAUGGCGAUGAAGCCGAACUGCUUGGUGGUGUACUCGCCGACGCAUCCGUCGCACGUGAACGUAAUGGCAGAGUUUACAAAAUAUCUGCGAUACUGUCAUAUCAAUGCCAUGAUCGACGUGUUUGACAUUGCGGAAACCGCCAGUAAAGAUCCAGGACUCUGGUGCAAUACCGCAUUUCAAGCCGCGGAUGUUGUGCUGGUAGCAACGUCCCCGCCGCCGACGUUCGCGAAGUCUGACGCGACGAUCGUUUAUCGAAACGUAGACAACCACCUGUUGCGACUGCUGAAGGAGAAUUAUCCGCGGAGAAACAAGAGGUACUACGCGAUACACCUGCCGUACUGCAAGCCGGAUCACAUACCGGAGGAGGCGCGGCUCUUCAAGAAGUUUCGCAUACCCGAGGAUCUGACGAGGCUCGUAAAGAGGAUUCACGGUAUCGUAUGCCUGGGAUUCUACGGGUCGUCGAGCGAGGAGCUGCUGGAGAGCAUCAGAUUCGCUACGGCGAAGAUAUCCGAGGACGAGGCCGCCAGCGCGAUGAAGAACACCGAGGAGACCGACGAUUUGUUACCACCGAUCGUCGUACGAGAGACUGCAAAAUGUGAUGCCGAACGACCAAUCGAGAUCCGUAGGCCCGGCACGCCGGACAGCGAUGUCAUACCUCAGUCUUUCACGACACGUAUCGACGAGCUGAAUCUACUUGGUGAGAUUGACGAAGAGAAGACCUUCGUCGCUAAUUCCACGAGAAACGAUUGUGAAUUUCGCAUAGAUAAGUUAAACUUGUGAUUUUUUUUUAUAUGUGUAUAUGAAUGAUCCGUAGAUUAUUUUCUUAUCAUUUUCUUAUCAAUGGAUUUUGUAUGCGAUUAUACUUAAUUAGAAUAAAAGAAUUUUCUAUAAA